UCUGUUGCCUGGCAACGGCAAAGGGGUUUGGUAGCGUUGCUGUGCGGCGUGAUCUGUGCGCAGCGCCGAUGGAGGAAACAGUUUGAGGCUGAACAGUCGGACUACUGACGGGAAAGAAAGCUCCGCGUGUCCCAAUACAUCCUUGAUUUAAUGGGUCCAAUCAUUGAGAUGUCGCCGGAUAAGAAAGCGGAGUCUCCGGGCGUGCAGGCGGAGCUCUCAUGUCUGCGUGGCGUGUGUGUGUCACUGCCCGAAGCCGAAUGCGCUGCCAGUCCUAUGCCCACCAGCCUGGACCGCAGCUCCGCAGACGAGGAGCUCACCAACCUCAACUGGCUCCAUGAAAACCUGCUCCAGAACUUCACUCUCGGCGGCACUGAAGCCCAGGCCAGCGCCGGCCCGCUCCUGGACAUUGAGGGAAAUCACGCAAACGCCAUCAUUUCAUCCGCAGCAGCACACGGAGAGGAUUCAGUGAAAUCCAAACCGCCCUUCUCUUUCUCUCUGCUCAUUUAUAUGGCGAUUGAACAGUCACCCAGCAAAUCUCUGCCAGUGAAGGACAUCUACGGCUGGAUCCUGGAGCACUUCCCAUAUUUCUCCAGUGCCCCUACUGGAUGGAAGAACUCGGUGCGACACAACCUCUCGCUCAACAAGUGCUUCCGCAAGGUGGAGAAGAGCCUGGGGAAGGUGAACGGCAAGGGUUCUCUGUGGUGUGUGGACCCUGAAUACAGACCCAAUCUCAUCCAGGCCCUGAAAAAACAGCACUUUCCUACAGCCCACUCCUUCUGCACACCUCCUGCUUUCCCACCCAGUGCCUUCUCACCCACACGUCAGCUCUUCCUCCAGGGCUGCUCUCUGAAAGAGUCUGAUAUUGAUGCUGCCACUGCCAUGAUGCUCUUAAACUCGGCCCCUGGACACCACACUGACCCAU